AGCUCCACUUUCAUCUCUGAGGUCACUGGUAUCAGAGGGAACCGGGACUCUGGAAAAAUGAUCAUUGGUUUGGGUCGUUUGGAUAACCGGUCGUCUAAGUUUUUAAAGUGAGACUUGGAAACGAUGCGCAUUGCAAGAUAAACACCUUUUAGGUUCCACACGGUGCCUCCGAUCUUACAGCACCCCUGUCUGCCUGUAGUACCUUUGAAGUAGGUGCAAAUGCCAAACACUUAGACAAAUCUACUUCUCCUUACAAGAGGGCGCGAAAACCCAAGUUGCCAUGGGAAACCAGUUGACAGAGAUUGCCCCCAAUACACCGUUCCUGCCUAACUUCCAGUCCCUCCACGUUGUGGUAAUUGGUUUGGACUCCGCGGGCAAAACCUCGCUUCUCUACAGACUGAAACUGAAGGAAUUUGUUGAAACUAUCCCAACGAAGGGAUUUAACACUGAGAAGAUUAAAGUUCCUGUUGGAAAUGGCCGUGCCAUUACCUUCCAGGUGUGGGAUGUGGGUGGUCAGGAGAAGCUUCGGCCUUUGUGGAAGUCCUACACACGGCGCACAGACGGCAUGGUCUUUGUAGUGGACUCCACGGAGGUGGAGCGCAUGGAGGAGGCUAAGGUGGAGCUGCACAAGAUCACACGCACGUCAGAGAACCAAGGAGUGCCAGUGUUGGUUUUGGCUAACAAACAGGACCUUCCAGUCGCGCUGCCUGUUACUGACGUGGAGAAGGUUUUGGCUGUACAUGAACUGAGUGCCUCCACCCUGCACCAUGUGCAAGGAUGCAGUGCGGUCGACGGGCAAGGGUUGCAGCCGGGUUUGGAAAAACUGUAUGAAAUGAUCCUCAAACGAAAGAAAAUUGUGAAGCACAGCAAGAAAAAAAGAUGAGCUGAACGGGACGGCGUACUUGAGAAGCUCCUCGGUUGUAGGAUUUUGCAUCCAAUCCCCGAAUGAAGGAAAUGCUCCAGAUGGCCCAGUGGUCGGGAGAAAACAGAUUUGACCUUUAUGUGUCACACAGUAUUGAACUGCUUUCUUCCAUGCCUAGUAAUUGCUGUGCAGCUCCCCUUUGUAAUCAAGGAAAAUGUGAUAGCAUUGAUAGGCUGUAGUUUCAGCAGAAUUUAAGCCUACGUCCUUGCCUUUUUUUCAUUUUUCAAGCAAGAAAGAGACUAAAUUAUAGCUUGGCAACAUUUUCACCAGACUUCAGACAUAAUUUUCCCCCACAAACGUUACGUUGAUUGCCAGUGCCGACAUAAUAAAAGGCCAUAUAAAUGUUCACGCUAUGCUAGUUGUGAAACUGAAGUCUUAAGCGAAUCCCUGAGGUUCACUCUUCACAAUUUUGUUUUUACACGCUGUAAAUAGUUUUUGUAUUAUGCUGUAGAAUUAAUAAAUUAUAGACUGCUUUGACACA